CACCAAAGUGGCGACAUCGCCUUCCGCCGCCUGACACGUCUGGAGUUGUUGUUUUAGCCGCCAGCUCGCUCCCAUCUAUCUCCAUGGAGUCUGCUCCCGCCGCGGUCAUGGAGCGGGAGCGCCUCACAGCCGAGAUGGCCUUCCGCGGCGCGGACGAAGCGCGGCGGGACGGCGGCGAGCCGGCGCCCAGCAUCGUCAUCAAGAUCCGCCGCCGGCUCCCGGACUUCGCCCGCAGCAUCAAGCUCAAGUACGUCAGGCUCGGGAUCCGACACGGAGGCAGCCCCACGUCGGUGCUGCCGAUGCUCUGCGUGCCGGCGGUCGCCGCCGCCGCCUACUCGUUCGUCCGCCUCGACGUCAUCUACUACUCCAUCGACCUGCUCACCUGCGUCGCCUGGCUCGGCACCGCGCUGCUGCUGCUCACCGUCUACUACUUCAAGCGGCCCCGCCCGGUGUACCUCGUGGACUUCGCGUGCUACAAGCCGGAGGAGCAGCUCAAGAUCUCCAAGUCCGCCUUCCUCGAGAUGACCGAGAGCACGGGGUCCUUCAAUGAGGCGGCUCUGGAUUUCCAGACCAAGAUCACCAACCGCUCCGCGCUCGGCGACGAGACAUACCUGCCACCCGGCGUGCAGGCGCGGCCGCCGAGGCUCAACAUGGCGGAGGCGCGGAUGGAGGCCGAGGCGGUCAUGUUCGGGUGCCUGGACGCGCUGUUCGAGUCCACGGGGAUCGACCCGCGCCGCGACGUGCGCAUCCUCAUCGUCAACUGCAGCCUCUUCAACCCGACGCCGUCGCUGGCGUCCAUGAUCAUCAACCACUACAGGAUGAGGGAGGACGUCAAGUCGUUCAACCUCGGCGGCAUGGGGUGCAGCGCCGGUCUCAUCGCCAUCGACCUCGCCAAGGACAUGCUCCAGGCGAACCCCGGCUCGUACGCCGUGGUGCUCAGCACCGAGAACAUCACCCUCAACUGGUACUUCGGCAACGACCGCUCCAUGCUCCUCUCCAACUGCAUCUUCCGCAUGGGCGGCGCCGCCGCGCUGCUGUCGAACAGGCGCGCGGACGCCGGGCGCGCCAAGUACCGGCUGCUACACACGGUGCGCACCCACAAGGGCGCCACCGACGAGUGCUUCAACUGCGUGUACCAGCGCGAGGACGAGGUGGGCAAGGUGGGCGUGUCGCUGGCGCGGGAGCUCAUGGCCGUGGCCGGCGACGCGCUCAAGACCAACAUCACGACGCUGGGCCCCCUGGUGCUGCCCCUGAGCGAGCAGCUCAAGUUCCUCAAGUCCCUGAUGAUGCGCCGCGUGUUCCGCGUCAAGGGCGUGCGCCCCUACAUCCCGGACUUCCGGCGCGCGUUCGAGCACUUCUGCGUGCACGCCGGCGGCCGCGCGGUGCUGGAGGAGGUGCAGCGCAGCCUGAGCCUGCAGGACACGGACAUGGAGCCCAGCAAGUGCUCCCUCCACCGGUUCGGCAACACCAGCAGCAGCUCGCUGUGGUACGAGCUGGCGUACGCCGAGGCCAAGGGUCGGGUGCGGCGCGGCCACCGCGUGUGGCAGAUCGGCUUCGGCUCGGGGUUCAAGUGCAACAGCGCCGUGUGGCGCGCUCUCCGCGACGUGCCGCCGCUGUCGUCGUCGACCGGCGCCGCAGCGGGGCCGCCGGGCAGGAAGGGCGCGCAGAGCUGCUGCAACCCCUGGGUGGACGACGUGGACAGGUACCCUCCCAAGGCGUACGUCUGAUGGGCCACGUCAUGCGGCAUAACAAUUGUAUGAUCUGAUACGAGUUCCGUCACGACGAAGGAAGAAGGGCGUGUGAGGCAGAAAAUUAUACUUGUAUGUUUUUUCAUUUGUUUUUUUUCUUCUUUUGCUUCGUUUUCUUUUCUUUUUCCCAGUAGAUUGCCGUGAGUAGACAGUGCUGGCUUUUGGAAUUCAGACGUGUAUGUGGCGUAAAAUGAAUUCCAAGAGCUAGCAGUGCCAUUCUUUCUCUUCUCAGCCUACCCUAUUUGUUGUCUAGUCCUUUUGUCUUCUCUUUGGCGUUCUAGACGCCCGGGAAGUAGAAUGGACAGACGAACACCACCAGUGUGCAGUUCACAUGACUAGAGAGAACUAUCGACCAAGUGUGAAUUACUGAUUCAAGUA